AUGAAUCGACCACGCAUCGUCGGCCAUGGCCUGAGAAGGCUAGUACAGACUCCCCCGAGGGGAAGUAGGGGUAUUGUCACGGAUGCAGACGUGUCCAAGGCGAGGACGUACUGCCAGUCGCAGCUCCAACAUAGCCAUUACGAUGCCCACCUGAUUAGUCGUCUCCUCUCUCCGCGCGCUCAAGACGCAUACCUCGCCCUCCGAAACCUCAAUCUCGAACUCUCCCGCCUACCCGAAGUCGUCUCGAACCCGGCCAUUGGCCAGCUGCGCAUGCAAUUCUGGCGCGAGUCCAUCGACAAAACAUUUUCUGGGAACCCGCCUGCGGAACCCAUCUGCGUUCUUCUCCACCAGGCCCUGCAGGACUUGCGCGCCCGGUCUUCCGGCAGCAGCACUGCGAGCUCCAUGCGGUUCUGGGCGCAACGUUUGAUUAAGACGAGGGAGAAGUACAUGGACAACCGCCCGUUCACGUCGCUGGCCGCACUGGAGGAAUAUGCGGAAAACACAUAUUCGACUUUGAUGUAUGCCACACUGGCAGCGAUGCCGUUGCGCUCAAUGCAGGUUGAUCACCUGGCAAGCCAUAUUGGCAAAGCGUGCGGCAUUGUAGCGACAAUACGUGGUAUCCCGGUGCUAGCGGCUCCGCAGCAGCAGCAGAUAACCACACCUGCCGGAACUGAGCCUGCGCGCCCCCGCGACCCGGUUUUGCUGCUCCCUCUUGACGUUAUGACAGAGGUCAACCUGCGCGAGGAGGAUGUCUUCAGAUAUGGCCCUGAAGCGGAGGGUUUUCAGGAUGCUGUGUUCAAGGUGGCAACAAGAGCGAACGACCAUCUCAUCACGGCGCGCGAGAUGCUCAAGAACCUUCAAGCAGGCCAGAGUGCCGGUCACGAGUUCGAGCACGAGGGCGAGGCAGAGCACGUCUACGAGGAAGAGGACGAUGUGCAGCGGGACAUUAGGCGCGGCUUUGGAGUGCUACUGGAAGCGGUACCUGCGCAAGAGUACCUCAAAAGUCUGGAGGAGACAAACUUCAACCCCUUUACCGUCAAGUCGAGCUGGAAGCUGCCGUGGCGACUAUGGCGGGCAACAAGCAAGCAGCAAAUUUAA